AUGGCAACCCCAGCGACAAGGAUGAUGCUGUUCAAGAACGGCAAGUCGUUCCCUCUCCAUCUCCUCCGCGGCUCUCUUUUAGGUGGGUCCAAUAACAUUACCAGCCAGUUCAUGAUUUCUGACCCUGCACUAUUCCAACCACAGCAAAAGCCCGUCUUGAAUUUACUUGGCGUUCAGUCUAAUGCUGGUCUUGUGAGUGACAUUAACGGGGCUUUGAAUUGGAGAUUUGGUCGGUUCGGAGAGAUGGGUCGUGUGGAGGCACGUGGGAAGAGCGAGAGGGUGAUCAGUGAUGAGGAUGAAGAAGAUGCUGAGGACGUUGAUGAUGAUGAGGAGAUUGAGGAUUUCGAUGAAGAUGUGGAGUAUGAGGAUGGAGGUGAUUUUGAUGAUGAUGAUGACGAUGACGACGACGAUAGGAAAUGA